GCGCGAUCGACAACAUGGACGUGGAAUUCGACUCCUUCGACAAUGACUCGUCGAUCGCAACCCUCCGAAUCAAGGCAUCUUCGCAAUACCAGCACAAUGAUGAAGUCUUCCUCGAGAGCUUGAUGACUGCGGUGAAAAUCGAAAUGGGUCUCCCUCCAGCGGCUGACGUGCAGCUCCAUGUCGAAGACAAACGAGUUCAUGCGACCCUUACCAAGAAGACUUCGACGCUCAAGGAUGAAGUUCCCAAUGUCGACCUUGUCGACGUAUACACGCAUAGGUUGAUUCCGUUGCAGGAUGCCCUGAUGAACAAACCAUUUGCCAUUCUCGCACUAUGGGAGAUUCCUUCGAAGUCAACCAUGUCCAAAGUCCAACAACAUGCAUUGAAGCUCUUGGAGUCAGCGAUGGACAACACGCAUGUGCUGGCACUUCAUAUCGGACCGUCCUCCGAUGCAGCGCUUCAAAUUAUUCUUGACGAGAAGUGGUACUUUCCGCAGCAAAUUUUGCACCACUACCAUCUCCCACGAGCAUCGCUGGAGGCGUUGAGGCAGGCACUUGCAUCUAACGACGAUCCAAACCAUCUCUACGCGCUCAUUGACAAGAAACGCCAAAUUCUUGGGGUGAGCAGUGACUUGUCCAACUUGGACGGAAGCCUUGAAUUGUCUCCACCCGCUGUGCUUUCAGCUCCGCCCUCAUUACCAGUUAUACACACAACUCACGACGACUGCCACCUAAAGGAGUAUCCGAACGUGGAGGUUGUUCACCUGGCCACGCGACGGACCAAACUCUUGUUUGACGUUCUCACGCCAGGCUCAAUAACAGUCAUCGAUUUCUGGUCCACGACGUGCGUUCGGUGCCCUGCUGCAAUUGUCAAACUCUUGGCACACCAUCAAGCCCAAACCGUCAAUGCCAAGAUUCAACAUGUUCUCAUCAAUACAGACAACGCCGACAAGGGAUGGAACCUCGUGCAAGAGCACGAGUGGGCUCCGUUCGGCCCAAUUGUCCAUUUGCAUGUGACGCUCCCAGUGAAAGAAUCACUAAAAGCAUUCAUGGCGAUGAAACAGAUGCCCCACCACGUCCUCCUCGACGCGAAUCACCACGUGCUCGUGAACGGCAAGUUUUUCAGUUACGAUCAAGUGGACGCGGCGCUUGCUUCGAUGCAGCCCAAGCUGGAUCUUGCUCCGUCCAAGUUUGCAAUAGACGAUGAGUUUCACGACGUUCCCAACCGACCACCACCACCAUUCGCCGCACCUCAGAUGCAUGCAUUCGUCCUCGACGACGACUUUUAACUUGCGUUGGGGGAGCGCGCAAUGGACAGCUAGUGUACAGACAUGUAACUUUAAGUGUACUUGACAACUUAGGCGGA